AUGGGCUCUAUCGAUCGCGACAUCUCAGGUGAGCUAUCAUUAGAGGAUGCUGUCAAUCUUCUAUCCGGGCAAGAUUUCUGGCGCACCCGUGCGAAUGAAGUUCUGGGUCUCGGAUCACUCAAGUUCUCUGAUGGUCCAAAUGGCGUCCGGGGUGAAGACUGGAUCAAUGGAGCGCCGUCUGUAGCCAUUCCCUGCGGGACAGCUCUAGGAGCCUCUUUCGAUGCCGAAUUGAUUUCAAAAUUGGCUGGUGUUCUUGCGAGAGAGUGUAGGCGUAAAGGCGUGCAUGGACUACUCGCCCCAACCAUGAAUAUCCAUCGUUACCCUUUGUGUGGACGAAACUUCGAAUCCUUCAGCGAAGAUCCCUUGCUCACUGGCCUCGUUGCUGCGUCUUUCGUCAACGGUCUUCAAGCACAGGGCAUCGCCACUAGCCCGAAGCACUUCCUAGCCAACGAGGCAGAGAACGGCCGACGAUGGAGUGACAGCGUUAUCGAACAGCGAGCACUGCGGGAGAUAUACCUUGAGCCGUUCAGAAUUGUUGUUGAACAGGCCGAUCCAUGGUGCAUCAUGACUGCAUAUAACUCUGUCAACGGCUCUUUCUGCUCCGAAUCCCGGAAUCUUCUAUCCAUCCUCCGCAACGAGUGGCGAUACAAUGGCGCAGUUAUCUCCGACUGGUUCGGGACCUACAGCACGACUGAAGCCUUCAACGCUGGCCUUGACCUCGAGAUGCCAGGCCCGACAAAGUUCCGCGAAUAUAAUAAAGUGCUGGAGGCCAUAAAGAGGGGAGAGGUUCAAAAAGAUCAGAUCACAGGCUCAACUACGAGGGUCAUCGAUCUUCUUCGAAAGACGGGCCGCGUCGGAGAACCUGGCUUCCCGCUACCAUUAAAGGCCGAAGAACCAGACUAUCUUAACGAUGCCAAAUCGAGACUGUUGAUCCGACAGGCUGCUGAGUCAAGUAUGGUGCUUCUGAAAAAUGAAAGAGAUACACUUCCACUAGUUGAUCGAAAUACCACACUGGCAGUGUUUGGACAUCAUGCGACCGAGCCUUCUCUAUUUGGAGGAGGCUCCGCAAGUCUCAAGGUGCCAUACUCGUCAACUCCAUGGGACUCUCUUAGUAAGACAUAUAGAAACGCCACACUUGGAGCCGGCGUCGCUGUCAACCGGCUUGUGCCGCUACCGAUCGAAUCCGGCCUUCACAUUGAGAACAUCACGCUUCUUUGGUAUAACAGAGAUCAACCCUCUCCAGAACAGCUAUUUCACUCUCAAGAGUUGAAGGACACUCUGUACAUGCUUGUUGAACAUGCCCCAGAUGGUCUGCUAGAUCGCUCUGACUUUUGCACAAGCAUGAAGUUCGAGCUUGUCGCACAAAAGACCGGGUCAUACAACCUUAGUUUGAGCGGCCCUGGUAGCGCAAAGUGCCUAUUGGAUGACCGGGUUGUUCUUGACGUUGAGAGAGAUCUCAACGUUUCUACCGAGGACUUCCUUUUUGAUCGCUCAAAGCUUGAAAUCUGUCGAGAUGAGCCGCUUCUUUUGGAAGCAGGUCGAACGUAUAGGCUUGAUGUUUUGAGCUGGUCUUCGAAACACAAGGCGCAGAAUGUGAACCGUGAGUUCUUCAUCCAGGGUUGUCGACUUGGUCUAGCACUCGCCUGCGAUGAUGAUAUCGCCUUAACUAGGGCAGAGAAACUCGCAGAGACUGUUGACACUGCCCUAGUAGUGGUCGGUACUGGUACAGAAUGGGAAUCCGAGGGAUUUGACCGUCUUAGCAUGCAACUUCCACGUCGACAAGAUGAGCUCAUUCUUCGUGUCGCCAAGGCAUGCCAGGGCCAAACAAUCGUGGUGGUCAAUGCCGGGUCACCCAUUGACACCAGUACUUGGAUUGAUGAAGUUGAUGCAGUCAUAUACGCGUGGUUUCCAGGUAUGGAAUUCGGCAAUGCGCUGGCUAGAGUUAUAUCAGGAGAAGUAUCGCCAUGCGCUCGACUUCCAACCACGUUUUGGGAUACGGUGGAAGACUAUCCUGCUGGCCAUGUCGAGAGCCUGAUGACUUCUGACAAGGAGAUAUAUUAUCGAGAGGGUAUCUACGUAGGGUACCGUCAACAGUCACUUCAGACGUACAACCCUCGAUUCGCUUUUGGUCAUGGACUGUCAUACACCACAUUUAGUUGUUCUUUCAAGAGCCCGGCCUUCUGUGCGUUUGAUCUCCGUCAAGAAACAGCCAAGGUCUUUUUGACAGUUCAGAAUACUGGGUCGCUCGCUGCCAGUCUGACCGUUCUCCUCUUUGUUGAAGCUUUAGAGUCAGCGACACCAAGACCGAACGUAGAGCUACGAGCAUUUGCAAAGACGGAAGUUCUGGAGCCGGGAACUUCGCAAGAUCUGGAGUUAUGCUUAAAAGCUCGGGAAUUCUCGUAUUGGGAUGUUAAAGAUCAUCUUUGGCGGGUUGACGCUGGAAAAUACAGGUUGAGUGUGGCUGGACCGCGUGGGGUUCGGGACUGGAGAGCAAUUGAGGAUGUUGUCGUCAGAAUUGAAGAAGGAAUUAUAUUAGAGUAG